AUGCACGUCGGAAUGAGGCGUCUACCAGACGGAGAAGGGCUAGCAGGGCGGCCCUGCCAGGGCCGUAGGGGCAGCAUCUGCGGGGAUAGGGAGGGGGGCAGAGGGAGGAAGGGAGGAAGGGAGGGAGGAAGGGAGGAAGGGAGGGAGGAAGGGAGGAAGGGAGGGAGGGAGGGAGGGAGGGAGGGAGGGAGGGAGGGAGGGAGGGAGGGAGGGAGGGAGGGAGGGAGGGAGGGAGGGAGGAAGGGAGGGAGGGAGGGAGGAAGGGAGGGAGGGAGGGAGGGAGGGAGGGAGGGAGGGAGGGAGGAAGGGAGGGAGGGAGGGAGGAAGGGAGGGAGGGAGGGAGGAAGGGAGGGAGGGAGGGAGGGAGGGAGGGAGGGAGGGAGGGAGGGAGGGAGGGAGGGAGGGAGGGAGGGAGGGAGGGAGGGAGGGAGGGAGGGAGGGAGGAAGGGAGGGAGGAAGGGAGGGAGGGAGGGAGGGAGGGAGGGAGGGAGGGAGGGAGGGAGGGAGGGAGGGAGGGAGGGAGGGAGGGAGGGAGGGAGAAAAAUGGUAGGGAGGGAGGGAGGGAGGGGAGGGAGGGAGGGAGGAAAAAUGGUGAGUGGAAGGAGUUGGGGUGCUGCUAAGAAAGGGAUUCACAGAGCUUCAUUCAACCGUCUGCCUAUGAUGUGCUACAGAGAGGGCGGAGGACGAGGAGGGGGGGUAGCUUGA